AUCAGCUGUGUCCAAUCACAGCUGAUCAGGGGACAUGUACACUGAUCAUCAGGGCACUGAUGAUCAGUCCCCAGCAGUGCCAGCUGUCAGUGUCCAUCAGUGCCAGCUGUCAGUGCUCAUCCAUGCCACCUGCCAGUGCCCAUCAGUGCCACAUUUCAGUGCCCAUCUGAGCUGCCUAUCAGUGUCAGUCAGUGCCAUCUAUCAGUGCCAGUCAGUGCCGCCUAUCAGUGCCAGUCAGUGCCGCCUAACAGUGUGCAUCAGUGCUGCCUAUCAG